UUUUUAUCUCUAUUACUUGUUGUGACGAAAAAUCACUAUCACAUCUUCAAGAAUAAAGAGUCACCUAGUUGUACAUCAACAAGAUCAACAAGUCCUCAGCCUCACGACCUUGUUGUAGAUUUCUUUCUACAACAUCUUCAUUCUUCUAUCUUCACAUCAAGAUAGAACAAAAAAAUCAACAAAAUGGCAUUUAACCAGCAGCAGCAGCAGCAGUAUGGUAGUACUUUGCCGGCAGGAGGGCCUGUCGGAAGGAUGUCGGAAUUUCAGGCCCCUAAUGUGCAACAGCAGGGACAGGAGCAGUAUUAUAUGCAAGCAAAUCAGCAGCCAAUGUAUCAGCAAUAUCAACCAGUGAUGGCUCAACAGCCGCAAAUGGUCAUUAUCGGAGUUGAUGAGGCGGAUGUAAAAAGCAAACGUUAAGGCAACCACGCAACUACAGAAGUUGUAUCUUCCAUAAGUAUCAUCUUCCGUGAGGAGAUGUACUUGAUACGAUAUUUUUGCGUAUUUUUAGCUUGUAGAAGAUAAUUCUCUCUUUUGGCUUUUUGUCUCCAUUUAACUACGCUGCGGCCGGAGGCUAACAUCAAGGACUACUUGAUGUAGGCCGCAGGGUGGGAAAAAGUAACAAGUUCGUUGAAGGUUUCACAAGUGAGAAACCAUCGAAGUAGGCACUCAUCCCAUUCCCAAGGAUGAUUCGAAGAUUUUUGCGAACACCGUAUUUAUUAUAGCUCCGCUGUAUCUCUAUUUAUUGAUAUAGCUCCUGUAUCUUUUAUUGAUAUAGCUCCUGUAUCUUUUAUUGAUAUAGCUCCUGUAUCUUUUAUUGAUAUAGCUCCUGUAUUUAUUGUUAUAGCUCCUGUAUUUCUUCUAGCUCCUGUAUAGUGGACUCCUGUCUUUUGAGUCAUUGGGUCUUCUCAUGGAACUACUCCAAUACAUAGUACCUACACGUUAUAGACCGCUUUGAAAAGUCCUAGGUACUAUACCCCAUCAUUAUUGGAGAAGCUCUAAUGAAGUUUCUGGAACUGGAUCGUUUCCUUGGAGGGAAGCUUUUACUUUUACUUUAUCUUCGAACUGAUCAUGCUCAUUCUGGUCAACACGGAGUGUGGAGUUGUGCCCAGCCUCUUUCUGUUGCAAGCUGUUAAGGCCUAGAAGUAAUGUAGUUCCAUGAUCCAAGAGGUUUUUCUUCAAUGGGAGAAAGGUAUCUCGUAUUAAGGCAUCCUGAAGAAGCAAGAGUCUGCUUCUCAACCAUGGCUGAUGGAUGUUCUUGAUCUUCCAGAAGAUGUUUGACCUUUUUCUGAACUCUCCAAAUCCACCAAAUCCAAAUCAUUAGCAGUGUAUAGAUAAAAGCGCUAACCUUGGCAUCUUCUCCUACCUCAAUCCCCAGAAGAUGGGCCUUCCUGCGAACGGGAUGUCAGGAGGAGGUAGCGACGGUCGGGAUAUUCUGAAACAAAUGCAAAUCGGCGCUGAUCAACGAAACGCCGCCAACGACGGGGCUAGCAUCGAUAUUGCGCUGCCCUUUUCUUUCACGAUUGUGAAGAUGAUUUCUACCGGUUCGUUCUUGAUCCUCAUGAUGUUAAGGCCCCUUCCCUAUAUAAACAACAUGUACUAGUAGCUGCCGAAUUAUAGAUUCGAUUCGUUCUCGUUCAAGGUGGGUCGAGUACUUCACACAUCAUCAUACGUAUAGAAGACAGUUGUACAACGUACUAAAUCUACUAAAUAAUCAUCCUGAAAGAACAUGAUGUUUAUGAGAAAUUAAAGUCCUUCUUCCCUUUUUGAAGGCAUUGCGAAUAACGCCUCUUGCUAGGCACACUCACUCACUCCCUUUCUCUAAUGAUCGUCUUCCGUUGCGUACGCAUCAGCGACCUACAUUGGGGCCAAUUUCGGAAAACGUGUGGUGCCCUGAUCAUGACCUUGACUCUCACGAUUCUUGCGGUUAUUUCCCUCCUCUGCGGUAUUGUGCUUAUGGAAAAAUUAAAUGAAAUUGUUGUUAUUCAACAUUCUUUUUGACUGCACCGCCCCAUGACGAAGGGGCUACCUACUUGUACCAUUGCUACUAUUAGUCCUACUACUAAUAUUCCCAACACCGAGAAAUUCAUAGAAUGACUUCUCUGAGGUUUAGAGAAGAAGUACUAUCUUCGCAUCGCGUGGUUGUGGACUAUGCGGGGACGUGGAGGUUCUCUUGAUAAUAGAGAUAGAGGUGCUCGAUCUUAUUUUAAAGGCGAUCUUAUUUUGUUGCUAAUUAAUUAAUAUAUAUUAAUAACAAAUUUUGUCUUACCGUUAUAAUACCCUUACCCCCCCCCUUGAACCCCCCCCUUUGAACCGUUGCGCCGACCCUUAUGACCCUUACGCCCCCCCCUUGCGAUACCCUUUGAGACCCUUGCGACACCCUUACAGCCCCCCCCUUACAGCCGCCCCUUAUGAAGCAGGCGACCCCUUAUGAUUUCUCCCCCCCUUUGUGACCCCCUUACAAGUUGGCACCUUUUUCCAACCUCUUCACCGUCGAACUCCGCAAAGUGCGCGCACACCUUCGCACUCACUGCCAGUGCUUCUCCUUGAUGGUGUUCGGGAUGUCGCGACUUUUGAACAUCACCGCGCGCCGCUCUCCCAUGGAAGUUGUCAGCUUUUGGAUCAUGAUCGACAAGAGAGACAGAGCGUAGAAGAGUGCGCACCGGUCUACCCUGCAAGAGGGCCGCGCCCUAUCAUAGUGGUAGUUGUCUGGUCUCUCUCUGUCUGCUUUCACAGUAAAGAAGAUGAACAACAACAACCAAGAGGAAGAAGAUGACGCAUCUUCAAGGCCUUGGGCUGCGUGCGUGUCUCACAUGUGGAGACUUGGGGCCUGGCUGCUGGUUCCAUUUGGGAGAUGCUACUCGCAACACCUGCAGCCGGCCACAUGUCUGGCAGAUGGGCAACCGAUGGGGCGGGCUAUGUGCCUGCCAUCCGAAGGAAGCGCGCUGCUUCUUAUUGAUUCGGCGCCUGACUGUUCAGUGUCCGCGUUGUGGUUGCCGGCUCUUUGCAGAGGAGGCGCGCCGUUUCCACCAUUCCACAGCACCAGCGCCGACGGCUGAUUCCCAUGCUGUUGCAACGGUGUAGGAAGUACCCGCCCCCCUUUCCCGGGUGAUGCUGUUGCUGGUGUUGCGGGUCAAGAAGGCGAGUCUCCUCCUGGCGCUGUUCUUGCUGCAAACGGAGCACCAGGCGAAGGAGGUGCUGAAGAACAAGGGAAAGGCAAGGGCAAAAAAGGCCGCGGGGGAAGCCAAAGGCAAAGCGAAGGCCAAGGCGAAGGCGCGCGCUGCGCCAUACUGAACUCACGCCACAGAAUAACAGGGCCGACAGUCGUGCUCCAUCCUUUUGCACUUUCUUCGCCGGGUGUUUUCCGGGGGCGUGCCCUUUGUUUCCAUUUUCUUCAGCGAGUGCUUUGCUCUGUCCUCUUACGCGCUUAGUUUUCUUCGAAACGCCGCAUGUGGCAUUCCCACCCCACGGCCAGACCGACCCUACUCAAUUUCGCAAGCGAUCAGUAGUCCUCUGCUAGACCGGCCUGGCGGCUCUUUUGGUGUUCGCUACCUACUACCCAUGGCGUUCGCUACCUACAUCCCAUGGUCUUUCUCGCUCUCUAUCUCAAUGCACCCAGCACGCACCGCACUAGUUGAAUUGAAAAUCGAUCUUAUAUAUAAGGCGACCAACUCGUCCAACCUAAAGGAGCGGGGAAGAUGAAGGGCAAGGGCAACUACCCAGCACUCAACCACAGAAGAAGAUAGUGAAGCUGGGAUGCACCCUUCUAGUAUAUUUUCAUAGGCUACCAACCAUCCAAAGAAAUAGAAACUUGAAAACUAGAGCUACGCCUGGCCUCAUGCUGGGGUCUCUUGGUAGAUCACUACACAUGGGACACAUGUUGACCUGACCUGACCUUGCCUGACCUCAUCCAUAUGUACUCAUCUAAUUCUGGCCUCGCGUUCUACGGACGAUGCUGUUCUCUGCUGAAUCAAAAAGCAGAAGCGGAGGAUGCGCCCGCUUGUGUGGGCACGAUCGGCUUCCUCUUUCCGCUCAUCUUCGACAGCGUCUUCGUCUUCGUUGUGCUUCUUGGCGUCAUCCAGAUUCCCAUCGGCUACUGCACUCUGCACCCGAAAACGGAUAGCAUGGUCUAAAACGGAUAGCCACAUGUUCUAAGGAGGUUCUUUGGGCUCCCCCCAUUGAAUCAAGAAGAUCAGUGGAGGCAGCAUGAGCUGAACACUGGAGGACGUGAAGCUUGUUAAACAGCAGGACUCCACCAAUGGAGAUAAUGUUGAAAAUCAUACGAUCAAGAACAGCGGAGCAAGGAAAAGGGCCGAACUAGAAGAUGCUCCUCUACGUCGAUCCACGGUGAUAAAGGUGAUUCUGAUGGAGAUGAUGAUGUCAUAUAAUUUCUAAUUAUUAGCAACAAGUACAAGUAGGUCGCUUUCAAAGAAAAACUGCACCAGAGUUUAUACCUACAAGAAUUUGAAAAAAUAGACUUACAGACCGAGAUGGCUGUUCUUCUUGAUAGUAUGAGAGAUAAAAACGAACGAAAUAAUUAAACAGGUAGAGAAGAAUUGAUAUUUAUUGAAUUGUUUGUUUGUUUGACGUGUACGCGUAGACAUAGACUGAGAUUGACAUAAAGAUAUAGAGAUAGUUACUGAUAAGGAAUAUACUUGAUGAAAUAAUUAACGAAACCAUGCCGAGAAGGUGACAACGUCUUAAGUCUUUAGCUUGGUUGCAUCUAUGUAUAAAACUGGCUAAACACGGACGACCAAAUGUAGCUUUUGAACAACUCUUGGAACUCUUGCUUCUUGGGGCUUUGUACCUACAAUUGAUGGCUCUUUUUGCUGCCCUCGUCGCAAGAAAAAGACAACAUGUAAGUACUCAAAAGAACGCGUUGUACUAAAAAGAACAUGUUCUUGUACUAAAACGAGAAGAUUUGUCUUCCACGAAUAUCGACAUACUAGUUGUAUUUCGAACAAUUAAUGACAAUAUUUAAUGAACACAGAUACUUUACUCCAAUGAUGACAUCAACGGGAUCCAGUGCUCGUUUGCGCUCAGGUCAUUGCAGUGCUAUCAGGAAAACGCGACAGGCACAGGACGAGAUUUAUUGACUUAGUCUAGCUCUUACACUCUUGUGCUGUCUUUUUCUUUGCGUCUGUGAAAUGCGUGCUUUCUUUGCGCCCACCCCAGCUGGUGCGUCGAGCGAUCGUAUUGGAGGUUAAUGCACUCCCACCAUCGCCGGGCAGCAUCCUGGAAAAUAUGUGGGUCAUACUAAUUAUUUAGUAUACCGCCCGCCAUAACCCCUUCGAAGAAUUUGCAACUGUAACUAGCUCUUUGGAGUGGUUCCCCAGGGGCAGGGGUCAACGGAAUUUCAAAACAUUUGCUAGAACAAUGAACUGCAGGUGAAUGUGCAAGAAAAGCAAAC